UAUAAAUUGAAAGCCAAAUACCUACAGACAAUAAACCCUUCAUAAAAUUAUCAUGUUAAAAAAAUAGUUGUUCGGUUUUCACUAUGAACAUCCCUCGUCAAGCUCAGUUUUUGCACAAAGGUCUGUGGGCUCCCGAAGGUGACGAUGUGUUGGUAAACACACUGAUACGCCUGAAGAAUGAGACUAUGUGGACUCUCGAUGAGUUCCCUAGCUAUUUCUUGCUUACUGCCAUGAGAGAAAUAGAAAGGAAGCUGGGUAUAAGUUACACUGAGUGGAACUUGAAAGCUCGUGUUAAGAUCAUGCUGCUGCGUUACCGGACUUUCAAGGAGGUCAACACCCACCAAGGUACGCACUGGAACAGGCCGGAGAAGAUCGUGACCGCUGAUGAUGAUGUUUGGAAGGAGAUCUUUGAGAAAAACACAUAUGCAAGAGCGUACUACUACGAGCAUGAGCCAAUAUUCAGUGAUCUUGCAAUGCUUUUCGGCAUGGACGGCGUCAAAUUGGAGCAGCAGUCUCCGACGGUGAUCGUCAUCUCGGACACCAUCGUGGUCGAACCAUAUGGAGAUGGGGAUGAGGAAGUUAAUUUGCCCGCUAUCUUCCCUACCUCCAAGGUCAAGUGCAAGCUCUUCGUCGACGAGGAUGGUGCUUCUGAUCGUGAAUCGACCAACCAGCCACCCAAUCCUCUCAUCAAUGUCGGAGCAGAUGUAGUUGCUGUGAACCGCGUGGCUAAGAGCAACAAGUAUCCCGCAAACUCAGCACUAGUCCAAGCGGUGGAACUCCUCAGCGUGCGAGUCCUAUCACAAGCUUGUGUGCGUCAUCCUCUCCGGCUGCAUGGUGGCGCCAUCCUGAACUUUGAAGAUUCGACCUCGACGAGGAGGCACGUGCAAAUCCAACUACUAUAAAAUAUUAAGCUGUGUGCUAAAAUUAGAGGCAUUGCACUCCACCAUAUUUUGUCUUGUUUCCAAUUUGUCUCUCUAUUUAUGCGUAUGUAACAUUUUGUGUUCCUAAAAAAAUCGUAUGGCGUUUGAAGUUGUAACCGAACCAAGGAAUGGAGUAGCUAAAUAUUAUGGUGUGUACUAGUUGUAGGUCACCAAGUAGUUGGUUUUCAGGUUGAAAUAGAACCAUGGCAUGAAGUUUAA